GUCCAGUUUCCUUCCAUUCAACGGCGAUGAUGAUGAUGAUGACGACGAUGACGAAGGCUUCAGCCUCUCCCUUUCCGAUUCAUGUUGUGCUGCUUGUACUAGUAUUUUCAAGCUCAUUUAUUGGAGUGACAAAGGGGGAGGAGCCACCUAACCCAACCCCAACAGCAUGGCCGGAGCAAUUCCACUCGAUUCUGGUGAUGAACAAAAGCGGAAUAAUCGAAUUGAUAGAUCUGUGGUAUGACUGGAUCAAUGGACGUAACUUCAACAUCGUCCAGUAUCAGCUGGGAAAAGUCCUGUACGAUCUGGAAUGGAACAACGGUACCUCAUUCUUCUACACACUGGAUUCCAAUCGCGAAUGCAGCUCGGCUCAGCUGGAGGUUGGAAUUCUUCGGCCUAAUUGGCUGGAUGGAGCCACAUAUAUCGGUCAACGCCAGGUGGAUGGGUUCGUGUGUAACGUUUGGGAGAAGGCCGAAUUCAUCACCUACUACGAGGAUGUUGUCAGCAAACGCCCCGUCCAUUGGGUGUUCUACACCGGAAGGGAGGCACAUGUGAUGACAUUUGAAGUAGGUGCGGCUCUUGAGGAUGCAAAGUGGCAGGUUCCUGCAUAUUGUUUUGAGGAGAAUGGUGGCCUUAAAACAACAAAGGAUGUUAUGAUUCAGCAGCAUACAGGUUUGGAAGAUUUGAGUUCCAGAGUCUCCUCAAUGUAGUGAUAAUAAUUCAGUGGUUCUGCCUGCUUAUGUAGAUGAUUUGCUUCCAUUUGAAUAAAUGCUCCCUACAUUUGUUAUCAAACAUUCAAUAAGUUUUAUUCAUCAAA